AUGGGCGCAGAAGUCGAAUCCCAGUCUCCAGAAGAGCCGACCACCCCCUCUCAACUCCUGAGUUAUUUGCCCACCUACCGGGUGCUGGUCUGUUUACGAUGCCGCUACGCCAUUCAGCCCGGGGCCAUUGCGCGUCAUCUCAAGGAGAUCCAUUAUCUUUCUCGUGCAACGCGGCGCACCUUUGUCGCCUUUGCUGCGGAGUUCGAGCUGGCCCAGCCGCAGGAUAUAGUCUUGCCAGAUGAAAGCCAGUUUCCAGUCCCCUUCCUCUCCAUCCAGGAAGGGCUGGCGUGCCGCUUUGAGCGCUGUGGCUAUCUUUGCGCCACCAGCAAACGCAUGAAGCAACACUGGCGAUGCACCCACCAGAUUCCCACCUCGAAUGAGAGCACCCUCUCGACCCCAGUCCCCUUACAGACCUUUUUUCGGGGAAAUGCCCUGCGAUACUUCACCAAUCCGUCCUUGUUAGUGGCCUCCCCAGCUUCUCCCUCGGAAUAUAGCGUCGACGAAGUCAGCAAUGAUGGUCGAUCGAGUACGACCGGUACUACCCCGGCGACCAGUACAACACACUUGGAUAGUCGGCUUCUACCAUUGGACCAGUAUUCGUUGGGGCUCGUAACCAACCAAGGUCUUCUCGACCACUAUCGGCAUUCGACCUACAAGUCCCUCUCCAAUAGCCCCGAGACCGACCACGCAUUUGGCGAGGUCGUUCUGGGUCUGACCCCCCGAUUUGAGUUCCUGAGGCAGGGGGUCAUGGCGUGUGCCGCCUUGCACCUGGCCUCCAUCGACCCGGCUAAUCGCACGUAUUAUGUCUUCCAAUCCCUCCGGCACCAAGACCAAGCCAUUCCCGCUUUUCGUCAGGCCAUCCUGCACGUCGAUCGCGACAACUGCGAGGCAGUCCUGGCCUUUGCGUUUUUUCUCGUCGUUUGCUCCCUCAACUCCGACACCGAGGACCCGCGCCUGUUCCUGAGCGAUGACCCCGACCAACAUCUGCACUGGAUCAACAUCCUCCGCAAUGGCUGCUCUAUGCUCUGCCCGUUUUGGGACGCGCUCACGGCGGGGCCCCUCGCGCCCUUCGCCACCCUGUGGGAGGAUGACCUUGGCGUCGGCGGUCCGUCCGCCGAUGGCCCCGAAGACCCGCUGCUGGGGACCUUGCUCGCCAUGGUGGUCGCGGACCACCCUGCCCCCGAGCUUGCGGAGGAGCACGACGCCUACCGGGCCGCCGCGGUCCAGCUUGCCGCCGCCGGGGCUUUUCUCCGGCGCCGGGGCCCCGCCGCCUCCGUCUGGGAUGCCCUCAAUGCGUGGCCGAUGCGCGUGGCUCCCGCCUACCUGACGCUACUCAAGCAGGAUCGCCCCGGCGCGCUCCUGCUCUUGGCAUACUACGCGAUUCUGCUGCGCCCCACUCGCGGCGAAUGGUUCCUCGCGGGCCGGGUGGAGAGGCUCAUCGACGAAAUUGCCCGUCGUUUGAAAGGCACGUCCUGCUCCGCCCAAUUAUGGGAGUGGUUUCUGGCGAUCCGGAGGGAAUACUUUCCGGAGGAAGCGCUGAGGUGCCAAUGA